AUGCCUGCCUGGAAGUCUCUUGUGAGCCUGCUGGCGCUGGCCAGCAGUGCUACAGCUUGCGCCCACCACGGCGACGCCGAAGUCGUCCCCGAAAACGAGCGUGAAGAGCUAUUGAAGAAGUGGGACCAGGAGUGGUCCUUCACCGGCAUCGCCAGCUUCGCCCACCUCAAGCCCGUCAAAUGUCUCAUUGAACCCUCAGAGAACUACGACAUCGCCGUGAUCGGCGCCCCCUUCGACACAGCCGUCUCCUACAGACCAGGUGCCCGCUUCGGUCCCCGCGCCAUUCGCGCAGCCUCCGCUCGCCAAAUGGCCGGCACAUCGUACAACACGCGCGCAGGCAUAAACCCUUACCAGUCCUGGGCAAAGAUCACCGACUGCGGCGAUAUCCCGAUUACACCGUUCGACAACGGACUCGCGGAGAAGCAAAUGUACGAGGCCUUCUUGGAGCUCGGGUCCCGCAAGACGGUGAACAAGGCGCCCAAGGGAGGCGAUUCCAUCGGGACCGGACAUCCCAAGCUCGUGACACUGGGUGGAGAUCACAGUAUUGCGUUGCCGGCGCUGAGGGCGUUGUAUCAGAUUUAUCAGAAGCCGAUUACGGUGUUGCAUUUCGAUGCGCAUCUUGAUACGUGGAAUCCCGUGCGGUAUUCUGCGUAUUGGCAGAGUGAGCAGACGCAGUUCAAUCAUGGGAGUUUCUUCCACAAGGCGAGUCGCGAGGGAUUAAUUUGUAACUCUACCUCUGCGCACGCUGGACUUCGGACGCGGUUGACUGGUGUUGAUGCGGGGGAUUAUACGAACCCGGGUCCGGAGCAGGGCUUUAUUCGUAUCCAUGCGGAUGAUAUUGAUGAGCUUGGUCCCAUGGGUGUUGUGGAGACUAUCAUUGCGCGCACUGGUCUUGAUCCUGAACAGCCGGUUUAUCUUUCGGUGGAUAUUGAUGUUUUGGACCCGUCGACUGCACCGGGAACCGGUACGCCUGAGCCGGGUGGUUGGACUACACGUGAGUUUAUUCGCAUUCUGCGUGGUUUGGAGAAGUUGAACCUGGUUGGUGCGGACAUUGUGGAGGUGUCACCGGCCUAUGAUAACAAGGGUGAGACUACUGCUCUUGCGGCGGCUCAGGUUGCAUUUGAGAUUAUUACUAGCAUGGUGAAGUCGGGUGUUGAUGAGGAUCUGGGCGGGUGGUAUGGUCGCCUGAAUGAGGCCCCUGGUACUGUCGUGGAGGGUGUUGUGGGUGGCUCUGCGAAGAUUUCUAAGGAUGAGCUCUAA